GGUAAUUUUAUAACCCUUUGACUAAUCUAUUAAAAAGUCUAGUUUAUAGAUUAGGUAAACAGAACCUACAUUUUAGGUGUUUCCAUUUCUUUGUAAAAAUUGUCUAAUUAUCAGUUUUUGGAAAUCUUGUAACAAUUACUUGAAAAUGCUAUUCUUGAAUGAACAUAGAUUUUUGCCUCAAAAUAUUUGAUGGUGAAACAUUUGCUAGGCUAUAUAUUGCCAGGAUUUAAUCAUUUUCCCUUAGCUCAGGUUAUUAGAUAUUAUAAAAGGAGGUUAAACUUAUUUUUUAUGCUUUAUUGCUCAUUUUUAUUGUCAUUUAUUUUACUUAACUGCCCGGUACUGCACAGCUGUGGUUUUGAAGAAUCUGAAUACCUCAGCCACUUUUAAGAAUCUCUGCCAUAAUUUGGUUCGGUCUUAAGGUUAGAUUUUUUAAAAUAUAUAUAUGUUGGGCUAAAGGGUAUUGUCUUAGAGUAUCAUUUAUUUACAUAUCCUUUUAGCUGACACAUGAUCCCAUAUGAUGUUAUUAUUUUAAUGUUUCUUUUCAAAUUAAAAUAUGGGAAAAGCAGCUGUAUGUUGGCACAUUUAAUCAGACUUAAACCUGUUUUGAGGAAAUGAUAAUUUCUUUGAAAGAAGUUAUUAUUUCUCACUGACUGGCUAAACUACAUUCAUCUGUUACCACUUUCUAGUGGACUGUUUCCAAAGUUUAUUCACAUGAACUGUCUUCCUGGUGUGAAUUCUGUGCGGAUUUGAGGUGGUAAGAUUGUUGUCCUACAUUCAAUGAAUGAGUACAUCCACAAGCCAAAAAGAGAACAUUUUUCUGAAAAGAAACAUUGGUGUCCAAAAAUAUUGGAUACCUAGUUUCGUCUAGGCUGAGAGGAAGAACAUUAUGAAUCUUCAUAAGAUUGCUAUGGCCAUUUUGUUCUCUGCUUUGUCUACAGUAUAGGUGACUGACUUUCCUGUUGUAAUUGUUGAGCACUCUGAAUCAUGAAGUUCUUCCUUUUGAAUUAUUCCAUAUUCAAAGAUUACAUAAGGUCCUGUGCUUUGGAAAUUUUUAAAAAUCUAUUCUGCCUGCUUAAAAAAAUUACUUUUAUUUCCCCAUAAAGAUUUCAGGAUUUUUAAAUACGUUUGUGUUCAGCUCAUUCAACUGGAUAGACAACUUUGCAACACCAUCCAGUAGGUUUUCUUUACUAGUCCAAGCAUAAGUCUGUUUUAAAAUAGUCUAUCCUGGCUCAGUGCCUGUAGCUCAGCAGCUAGGAUGCCAGCCGCAGACACCAGGGCUGACAGGUUCGAACGUGGCCCGGACCUGCUAAACAACAAUAACUGCAACAAGAAAAUAGCCGGGCGAUGUGAGAAUUGUUUAAGCCCAAGUGUUAGAGAUUGCUGUGAGCUUUGUUUAAGCCCAAGUGUUAGAGGUUGCUGUGAGCUGUGACAUCAUGGCACUCUACCGAGGGCAACAUAAUAAGACAUUCUCAAAAGCAAACAAACAAAAAAACAGUCUAACCUAGGUUUGGUGCAGAUAUCCCAUGUGGCACAUCUGUGUUAACACGGUGGUAUAGCACGGAGAGUGGAGGGGUGGAGAUUCUGGAUGCCGUCGGGUGAGUGCGGGGUACUAUGAGGCUGACUGGACUCUGAGGACAUACUGAGCUGAGUGAUUCGUAACCGUUGUCUGGCCUGUGUGCUGUCACUCAUCCAACCUGUGAACUGAUUGUCACCUGCCUGGUAACUCGGUGUGGUGUAAACUGCUCUUAACCCCUUGCUGAAGAAGAAAAUAAUCAUAUAAGUGGAACUCUUUGCAUCUAUGUGUGCUUUCUUUUUUAUGUUAUCAUUCCUUCCUCUUUGCUAUUUUGGAGGCUCUCAGAUGGAUCUUCUAAUUUAUAAAUGUCAAAUAUAUUUUUGUAUUAGAUUGUGCCUAUGAUGAGAUAAAUCUUUAAUGUAUAUUUUAUGUAUGCUGAAUGCAUUUUUAUAAGUUGACAUACUUGGAGGCAUGGUCUGAUAAUGAUAUAAUAUGUACCUUGCUGGUUAAUAGAUUCAAGACUUUACCUUUUGGGAGGGGGUUAGUGAUCUUUUCUUAUUUUAGCAAGGGAUAGCUAAGUCUUCUGAGUAAGCAAUGAUAACUCUGCUGGGUCACGGAAAAUUAGAUAAUUUAUUGUCACAAAUUGUAGAAGUCGAUCAUUUAUAGACUUUUCACUUUUGUAUUUCUGACAACUUAAAAGACAAUGAGUGUUUGAUCUUUAAAACACACACAGGUAUUUCCUUGGCUGUGUAAACUUUUACAGUUGAUUUCUCCCUUAAGCAAAUUAUGAUGGCAAGUAUUUAAAUAUGGCUUUAUACGAUGAAGACACACGUUCAACAAGUCGCGUUGUACUGUUUUGGUUUCUGUGGAUGGUAUAGUUUUUAGAAAGAAAAUUGUUAAACCCAGAUCAUCCAGGAAGAUGUGCAGUAGAGGCAGAUGCUUUACAAACUGAGAAGAUGCAAUGCAGACGCAGCAAAGGUUGAGGGCGCAAGAGAGUAGAAAAGAUGUGCCCCCUCUUCACUCACGUGUGCAAAAAUCACCAAGAGCACAGUUUCACUGGCUUCUUAAUGAAAACCAGCGAGGGCUGAGCUCCAUAACCUAGUUGAUUUGGGUUGAAAUAGAAGCAACACACUUGUAACCCAGGUGACCUCUAAAUAAUGCUUAAUUUCUGGGUUCUAGUAGGAGUUGGGAAGGCAUUUCUAACAAGCUCCUGAGAUGAUUCAAAUCAAGAUGGUUUGGAUCACAGAAACAUUGCCCUAGGUCAUCUUUUGCUAAGUAUUUAAUAAAUCUGAGAGAAGAAUCAGACAGGAACAAAAUUAUUCAGUAAGGUUAAGCUCAGUAGGUAUCAUGGGGCCACAGAGGAAAUGCUUUUUCUAACCCACUGACUUCCUAAGGUAGGAGAUUUCCGAGCUGAGUUUUAAAGCAGAAGGAUGCAGUGAGGUGAACAUGAUGGCUGGAUGUGAGGGGCGAAAGCACAGAGGUGAGAAACAGCACCCAUGUCUGUGCCUGGGGAGAGUCAAGUGGGGACCCAGGGGUGAGAGAUGGGAGAGGUAUGCAGAGCCCACACCAAGCACCCUGGACUUUUGUAGUGUAGGAUUUGGGGUGUGGGGAGGGAGACAGAAGAAAACAAGAUGAAUUUGCAUGUGUGUUAGAUCAGAGUGACCAAAAUGGAAAUGAACCCAUGAGCAAGAAGAUGGUAAAACUACCUCAAAUCAUUAAGAGUUCAAGAAAUCAAAGCAGCAAAUGAGCGAUAAGUUGAAAUUUCUUGUUUAAAUGUUUUCACUGUAACAAUCUUCAUUUCAGCGUAAGACAAAAACAGUCCUUGAAGAAAUGAGAAUACAGGCUUGCUUCUGAGUUACACCCCUCGUGGGUGUUCAAGAUGACCCACCAAGAUUAGGCUACACGACCAGGAGCAUCUCCAAUUACAAACGACACCAUAAAUAAGUUGAGAUUACAGACAUCCUGCCAUAAUGAUUUCUUCAAAGCCCAGACUUGUCGUACCCUAUGGCCUCAAGACUCUGCUCGAGGGAGUUAGCAGAGCCAUUCUCAAAACUAAUCCACCAAAUAUCACCCAAUUUGCAGCAGUUUAUUUUAAAGAACUUAUUGUGUUCAGAGAAGGGAAUACUUCUCUGGAUAUAAAAGAUCUGGUUAAACAGUUUCAUCAGAUUAAAGUAGAGAAGUGGUCAGAAGGAGGGACACAAGAGAAGAAACCAGAAUGUGUAAAAGAACCAGAAGGAAAAUCUGUAGUUCCUCAACAGCCUACACGGAUGGAAAAAUCUACAGACACAGAGGAGGAUAAUAUAGCCGGGCCACUGUUCAGCAACAAGACCACCCAGUUCCCGUCAGUCCACGCUGAGGUCCCAGAGCCUGAGCAGGCAGCUGAAGCAGUUCGUGGUCCUUGUUCCAAGCCAGCCACCCCAAAGACUGCGACCCCACCUGUGUCACCGUCUCCUGCAGGGGUCUCUCCAGAGUUUGCCUACGUCCCAGCUGACCCAGCUCAGUUUGCUGCUCAGAUGUUAGCAAUAGCAACAAGCGAAGCAGGACAACCACCACCAUAUUCUAACAUGUGGACCCUUUAUUGUCUAACUGAUAUGAAUCAACAGAGUCGCCCAUCACCGCCACCUGCGCCUGGGCCUUUCCCCCAAGCAACCCUCUAUUUAUCUAAUCAUAAGGAUCCGCAGUUUGUGCAGCAUCCACCGAAAGUCACUUCUCCAACGUACGUGAUGAUGGACGACAGCAAGAAGACGGGUGCCCCCCCUUUUAUUUUAGUAGGCUCAAACGUUCAGGAGGCACAGGAAUGGAAGCCUAUCCCUGGACACACUGUUGUUUCACAGGGGGACACCUUGAAGAGAUACGCUGCAGUGCAAGUGCCCGUUGCUGUUCCUGCAGAUCAGAAAUUCCAGAAACACCCCCUAAAUCCCCAGAAUGUUAGUCCUCCCACGAGUGGACAAGAUGUCCCCAGACCACAAAGCCCUGUUUUUCUUUCACUCGCAUUCCCAGUAGAAGAUGUAGCCAAAAAAAGUUCAGGAUCUGGUGACAAACGUACUCCCUUUGGAAGUUACGGUAUUGCUGGAGAAAUUACUGUGACUACUGCCCAUGCUCGCAAAGCAGAAACUUAAAACUGGUAGGUAAAUUUUCCUACCAUAAAAUGUGGGCCUUAACACACUUGAGGUUUCAGCAUUUUGUUGACCUGGAGAUUUUUGAAAAAAAUUAAAUUGAAUGACCAUGGAAUGAGUUGGGGGAUGCUCUAAUGUGAUGUGGUUAUUGUUUCCACCAGGACUAAUGAAUGCACAGGUGCACUGCACCGCAGGGACUCACAAAAAGGGUUUGGUGCCCACUAUGUGAACCAACCGAGCCAUCAACUCAGUCACCUUUGAAUACCUGGUCUGUUGUCUAACACCAUGGUAGAUGGCCGCAAUGGGGAGGGAUUCUUAAAAGGGACAAGACAAUCUAGUUGGCAUGUUUAAGGAGUUGGGAGGAGCAGGGACAAGCUGGGAACAUGGAGAGUAAGAGAAGUGCUGGUUAUAUGGAGCACCGAAUAGCGUGGACAGGUUGGAAACACCUUAAAGAGCUAACGGGACAAAUGAAAUUAACUACAGGUUAAGACAGUUUUAUCACUCACAUGUCAUUUUUAAAUUUUUCAUUCAACCAGUAAAAUUCCAAGCCCUAUGCUAGUCCUUCCUCCUUGUGUGGACAGUAGAGUGAGCAAAACAUGGGGCACUAUGGUAUGUGAAGUACUAUGAAAGUAAAGUACUGAUAAAGUCCCUCAAUAGUCACUGUUAAAUAGUGUAUUCUGGCCAGGAUGCAAAUGGAUACCUGAGCAGGGAACGCUGACCAUGACCUUGGGCAAGAAAGGGCCGUGGGGAAGAAAGGGGUGGGGGCCGAGAGACUGCAAAAGCAGGCCAUGGAGGGCAUCCUGCAUACCAAAGACAGAUUGGGGUUGAAAAUUCAAUGGGAAGUCAGCACCAGUGUUUGGUUUAAGCAGAAGAAUGAUAGAUUCAUGUUUUUAUUAGACCCCUGGCUCCUUGUCUUAGAUACCAACAAAUUCAGUUACUAAAACAAUUUGUGGAAAUUUAAGCUGAUCAGAGAGAUGGACAAAAACUAGACUUCACUCAUAGGCAGGGUCAACUACUUUUAAAAGGAAAGAGAACUGUUUACAAAAUAUCUCAGGGCUAUGGUCUUUCAGCGGAAUUGCCAAAUGGCUGUUUUCAGCAUGAAUUAACUAAGAGCUUGGUAAUAGAGCAGGAGGGUAUACUUUGCAUUUCUGAUCUUCCACUCAAUUCCAUGUUCCGUUUAAUGAUUAAACAAUUCAAUGUUUACAUUGUUUCUAACAGAUGCUGAAAAUGACGCUGUUUGAUUCAACAGUCAAGGUGGAGUUGGCCACCAAGUGUAAUAUAUCAAUAAACUUCACGCAAGCAAUAAAA